CGUUUCCUCCGCUGAGGCUGCGCCUGCUGGACCAGCACGCGCCCGCUCGCUCUCGGCACACUAGAUUCCUGCUUUCCCGAAAACAAUUGAAUGCGGGACGCGAUUCGGACGCGGGAGGUGAUCAUGGGAGGCUGUGAACAUAUUGGAAAUUGUGUAUUCGUACUGUGAAGGCAGUCGGAGGGCUGGCCGACGAGACAGCACAUUUUAGUUAUGCCCCAUUCGUGACGAAAAGAUGACCGCCUCCACAACGGACAAGGCUGUCUCGACCGAAGACCUCUGCGCCGAGAUCCAGAAGCAGACCGCGAUGUUAGGCGUUGCAAGGCUAGAAGCCAUCCUGCACACCUUGGUGGAGAACAAAGUGGAAGCCUUGAAGAACGAAAGCGCGAUGUCCAGUCCCAGAAGGCUGCUUAACAAGCUCAGGAUGAAAUCAAAGUCUUCUAGCAAUGCUUCUAGUCAGGUCAUUAAGAAGAGCGAGCAGAAACGUAAGCAGACUGGUGUGAAAAGGAAGGAGCAUCAUGUGGUGGAUAUGCAGCGAAUUAGUAGACCAGUGUCAAGACACGAAAUGUCGUUAUCUUCACCAGAACUGCGGUACCAGUGCAGCAGGGGUCCAAGCUUCGAAGGGUCUUCCAUUAGUGAAGAUGACAGACGUCUUCCUGAGAACCUAGAUCACAUUUAUAUAGACAAUAGCUGCCCGUCGUUAGCUGAGGAACCGCACAGUUGUUGCUGUAACAGAGAUCUUAGCGGACAAAUUUCUCACUACGACGACGACUAUAUUUCGCUAAAGAUAGAUGGGUAUGAUGGCAUAGAAACUGAUGCAAUGAUAUCCGAAGAAGCACUGCGGAGGGCGCGGAGAAAGAGAAGAAGGAGAAGAAAAAGGAGAAUGAAGAAGAAAUAUGCCAUGAGGCAUGCUCAUUUGGUUGACCCAAUAGAGAUGCAUGAGACCUACAAAAACCUAACCGAAGACGAAUUAUCAAGGCGGGGCCAAGUGGACGAUUGUAGCAACAGCGUGCCUGCUUCUCUUUAUGUGUAUGCUUCUGGUUGGAAUCACGUUAAGAAUGGCACCUAUUAUUGACGAAAUGGUGCGCAAAGAAAAUGAGGAAUUCAUUAACUCACUCAGUCGACAAAGAAAUGCAUCAUCAAAUACCUCCGUCCACAAGGAUGUUACGUAACUUUGAGUUAACUACAUAGAGCUUAAGUUUAAGGACUCUUUUUUACUUUUUUUCGUUAUUUGUGACAUGCAGGUAACCUAGAUAUCUAACUCAACUACUUUGAUUACCGACAUGCCUUUUAUUGAGUAUCAUUUGCAAAAAUAUGUGCAACUCAUUUUAUCAGUCCUCAUUUCACGGAAGGUCUACAUAUGUACUUAUCAUAAAAGAGCGGCUGACAGUUUAAUCAGAUUCAAGUUGAAGCUUAUUUAUCUAGGUCAUAUGCAUCUGAUGUAUUUAUCAUUUUGUACGACGAAGCUAUCCGUAAGUGUUAUACCAUUUCAUAUCCGUACCUCAAGGUCAAAUUUGAAGUCAACUCUAUCUCAGCUUGUAUUCAACUGACAUAUUAUUCUCAUUGUUGAAUGUAUCAAUCUUGAACUUUAUAUAUUUAUUACUAGUAUUACUAGAGAUUAUGGGCGUGACACUGCUACUUCUUUUUAAAUGAAAUUAUCUCCAAGAAACACAUAGCUUUUAUUGUCCAGUAAGGAUCAUUGAUUCUCAAUUCUCACUUGCCGAUACCUUGUGAUGUUGCUGUCAGAUAUCCUCCUCAAGGCAAGGCUUCCUUAAUGUGUAUGAAAAUUUAAUGAUAAGGGUGGCGGUCAACUCUGGAAAUGCCCAUGACAAAUCGAGGCUUACUUUUAUCCACCGCACAAACAUAAGCUUUUUUAUGCGUCAGAUCUCAAGGAAAGGUAUUUAUUAUUUAGGUUGACUUCAAAUGCAACAUCAUCACAAAAAUAAAUAAUACAUAAUAAAUCGAAA